AUGUCCGAAGGCUUGCUGAGGCUGCUGGAGGCCAAUGGCCUGCGGGAAGAGGUGCUGGACGACUACUGCUGCAUGCGCACGCUGAGCUACUUCCCGAAGCUUCACUCCGCCGCUCGGCUUUUGAGAUCCAGCGGGCUGACGUCGCUGGACGGCGCCUCAAUUCCGCUGGAGGAGGCCACUGUCGACUCGAGCGCCUCGUUGCCUUCCCAUUGGGUUGCAUUUCAGGUCUGCCUCAUCCAGCAGGACGGGUCUCGACAACUCGCCUGCGGAAAGGCAGAUACCGAGAGUAAGGACAUGAGGAAGAUCGAGGGCCUGGAGAGGUGCUCAGAGCUGCAGCGGCUGCUGCUGAAUGAAAAUGCCAUCGAGAAGAUUGAAGGCUUGCAGCAUUGCCGGAAGCUUCAGAAGCUGUACUUGCCCUUCAACUGCAUCAAGGAGAUUGGUGACGGUCUGGCGGGCCUAGAGAACCUCGAGGUGCUGUGGCUGGCGGGAAAUCAGCUCUCCAGCCUGCAGGGCCUCUGCACGCCGAACCUCACCGAGCUCAACGCGGCGAGCAAUCGCCUCAGCUCGGUGGUCGGCGCGCUGGAGCAUCUCCCGUUGAAGUCGCUGAACCUCGCAGGCAAUCAGCUCUGCUCCUUCAAGGAGAUCUUAGACAUCGCCCGGCGCACGGAGCUGUGCUCCUUGAGCUUCGCGGACCCCGACUUCGGGGAGAACCCCAUCUGCUCCCUGUGCAACUACCAAACCUACACGCUGUAUCACCUGCCAAAGCUGCAGGUCCACGACCAGAUGCAUGUGACCGCGGAGGCCCACAGCUUGGCGCAGGCGGCCUUCGCCAAGAAGCGCCUCUAUUACAACAUGCGGAUCAAGACGCUGAAGCGCCAGGCUACGGACUGCUUGCGGGCGGCCAAGGUCAUUGACGAGGCGCGGCGGCGAGCGCUGGGCGAGGACUUGGAGAUGGCCGCCCGGGCGGUGCGCCGCGCGGACGCCUGUCGCCGCAGCCGCGAAGCUGUUGACAUCGAUGACCGGGACGCGGAGCGCAGAGUGCGCCUGUGUGAGGUGGAGCUGGCGGACGCGGAUCUGGCCAUGGAGCGCCUGGCGAAGCUCCUCGACGCCGAGCUGGCGCAGCAGAUCCGGUCUUUGCUGUUAGAACUUCAGAGCGGCGGCAAUGUACGCUUCGAGCCCGGGGGUGAGGAUCUGUGGGUCUCGCAGAUCCAGCAGCUGGUGCUGAGCCGCUUCAGGCCCGCGGAGUUCCAGGGCUUCGGCUUCGACCGGAUCAAGCUGGGCCAGGUGAUCAGGCUGCACCACCGCAGCUUGCGCCUGCACUUCGAUCAGCUUGUGCAGCGGCUAGGCGGUGAUGAGCUCGAGCACCUCUUCUAUGUGCCGAAGCCUGGGAACGCGCUGGAAGAGCUGCGACAAGUGGCAGAGCUGGGCCCUGCGGACUUCUUCGCAGAGCAGCUGGCGGCCCAGAAAGACGCGGAGCCGGAGGUCGCGGAGGCGCUGGAGCCGGAGUCGGAGGAGAGCCGCUGCCGGAAGAGCCCAGCGAGGAGGCGAGCCCAGGUGGCGCCAGUGUCGCAGAGAGUGGAGACAGCCGCCCGGUGCUGCUCACAAAUUCGCUGUGCUUGGCAGAGGCCGGGCGCUUGCACCAGCAGAGUCAGAGCGAGAUGGGCCAGGCCAUGGCUCGCUCGCUGCAGCGUGCACAGCGCCUGCGCGGUGAGGAGCCAACAGGCAGUGCCGGCGUUGGCUCUCGGGGCGUGCUGCUGA